CUAUUGAACCCGCCUUAACGCCACACAAUAUCUAUAUAUACCAAAUAUAUUUACAAAGCCGACAUUCACAAAUCACAACAAAUUAAGAUUCAACAAAACUGAAUCAAACCCCAUGGCAUUUACUUUUCCUCCUUCGUAUCGCACGCUAGUCGGGUUAUAUUAUAUAUUUACACUUAUGCACACGGCUGUCUCAACACCACCCGAUGAUCCUGUCAAAUGUGUGUCAGGAAACACGAACUGUACAGUCACUAACUCAUACGGAGCCUUCCCAGACAGGUCCACAUGUCGAGCCGCCAACGUGGCAUACCCAAAAACUGAAGCCGAGCUUGUCUCUGUCGUGGCUGCAGCCACUCAAGCCGGACGGAAAAUGCGUGUAACAACUCGAUAUUCCCAUAGCAUUACUAAGCUCGUGUGUACCGACGGAACCGAAGGUUUGUUCAUAAGCACAAAGUUUCUAAACCAUACGGUACAAGCCGAUGCAACAGCCAUGACCAUGACGGUUGAGAGUGGCAUGACGCUUAGGCAGUUAAUCGUUGAAGCGGCUAAAGUUGGAUUGGCGUUACCUUAUGCACCGUAUUGGUGGGGGCUGACCGUUGGUGGUAUGAUGGGAACCGGUGCUCACGGGAGCUCAUUGUGGGGUAAAGGAAGUGCAGUCCAUGAUUAUGUGACCGAGAUCAGGAUGGUUAGUCCUGGUUCGGUCAACGAAGGGUUUGCAAAGAUUAGAAUUUUAAGCGAGACUACGACUCCUAACGAGUUUAACGCGGCUAAGGUUUCUCUUGGCGUCCUUGGCGUUAUCUCUCAGGUAACUUUUGAAUUGCAACCGAUGUUCAAGAGAUCGCUGACAUAUACUAUGAGAAACGAUUCGGAUUUUGAAGAUCAAGCCGUUACUUUUGGAAAGAAACACGAGUUUGCGGAUUUCAUAUGGUUACCAAGCCAAGGAAAAGUGGUGUAUCGAAGAGAUGACCGAGUAGCGGUCAACACAUCGGGCAAUGGUUUGUUCGAUUUCUUGCCAUUCCGUUCACAACUCUCUGCGGCAAUAGCCAUCAUACGAACAUCAGAGGAGACGCAAGAGAGGUUCAGAGAUGCGAAUGGGAAGUGUGUGGGAGCCACAAUAAUUUCAUCUACACUGUUUGCUCCCUCAUACGGUUUGACCAACAAUGGCAUUAUAUUCACUGGUUAUCCUGUCGUUGGAAGCCAAAACCGUAUGAUGUCGUCAGGAUCGUGUCUAGACAGCCUUCAAGAUGGAUUGAUCACGGCGUGUGCAUGGGACUCACGUAUAAAAGGCGAAUUUUUUCAUCAAACAACUUUGAGUGUCCCUCUCACCCAAGUUAAAAGUUUUAUCAGCGACAUCAAAUCACUUGUAAAGAUCGAACAAAAAUCUCUGUGUGGCCUUGAGCUUCACUAUGGUAUUCUAAUGCGCUAUGUCACAUCAUCUCCCGCUUAUCUAGGGAAAGAAACCGAAGCCCUAGACUUUGACAUAACAUAUUACCGAGCUAAAGACCCGUUAACACCGCGACUCUACGAAGAUUUCAUCGAAGAAAUCGAGCAAAUUGCAUUGUUCAAAUAUAACGCAUUGCCACAUUGGGGUAAGAACAGAAACUUGGCGUUUGAUGGAGUGAUUAGAAAGUACAACAACGCACCCGCAUUCUUGAAAGUAAAAGAUAGUUAUGAUCCAAAAGGUUUAUUCUCGAGCGAAUGGACAGAUCAGAUCCUAGGAAUUAAAGGAAACGCGUCAAUAGUAAAAGAUGGGUGUGCAUUGGAGGGUUUGUGUAUAUGUUCGAAGGAUGCUCAUUGUGCUCCGGCGAAAGGCUAUUUGUGUCGACCGGGAAAAGUGUACAAAGAGGCUAGGGUUUGUACACGUGUUGAUGGGAUAAUAAGUGUUAUUUAAACAGUAAGUUCUUAAUUUUCAUUGCUUCUUAUAUCAGUAACAGCCAUCGUCUAUAUGCGUGGGUCAAUAUUUAUUGUGAGCCUAAUAAUGUUAUUGUGUUGCAACAAUAAUGUUUUAUUGAUUCGUGCUAUAGUGUUAGUACGUAAAUCAUUUCAAUCGGCCGUGCGGAGGAGGAUCUUUUAUUUAUUUAUAUUCCACAGAUCUAUUCUUGUUCCUUUUACUAUGAAAAUUGGAAGAGUAGUUAUAGUAGAUAUCUGUUCUGGUUCUGGCUAGCUAUAGGUUUUCCUAGUAAAUGUGGGGGAUUUUAUCAUUUUGUGCAUACACAGUUUCUUAAGAUGAUACAAUUAUAAUUUUUAUUUUUUAUAUCAUAUCGCAUGACCACACCCCAAUUAUUGUUAUAAUUAUUACCGAAUGAAAAACAAAAACCAUCCUCCCCAAAAUGCGCAACGUCU